AUGGCGGCGAAAAAGAUCUUCAGCGAGGAGGAGCUCUACGAGCUCUUUGCUCACGAGUACCCGGUUGCUCCGCUGCUCACAGAGGAUGAGGCGGAGAUGUAUGGCUUGUCUGAAGCGCAGACCCAAUGGGUCACCCAGCGGGCUGCUGCCCAGGAGCCCAUCAUCCACCAACCCGCCGUCCACCAGCAGCCAGUCCCCCAGCAGCAGGCCGUCCUCCAACCGCUUGUCAUUCAGCAGCCCGUUGUUCAGCAAGCCGUCGUUCAGCAGCCCAUCGUGCAGCAGCCCAUCAUUCAGCAGCCGGCCUUCCAGCAGCCGGCCGUCCAGCAACCUGCUCCUCACCGAUCGUGCCCCGUCCAAAGCUGCACUUCUCUGACAGGAAAUACCAGAAUGGACCACCUCUACGACCACCUGGCCGAGGUUCAUGGAUAUGAACGUGCACCGAACGAGUAUAGCAUCCUGCACCACCACCUAAAGAGAAAGACCCUAUCCACACUCAAGGGCCUCUUCAUUCGAGACAUCCGCAAGCUCGCCUGGGACCAGGCCCGCCUCAAGGCAGUUGAGGAGGCCAUCCGCCAACGUGACAACUCCUACGUCAGUUGUCACGGCCUUGGGCUCGCCAUGCAACAUUCCAUCCCGCAGGCGAACGCAAGCAAGAAGCAGGGGCUCAUCACCCUGCUCACCAACGUCCGCAACGAGAUCAACCAGCUGGGCAGUCUCCACAACCACCCAGGCCAGGCCCAGAGCACCUGGGACGAGGUCUACGAGAACCUGGUGUCCACUUUCCAGCUCAACGGAAAUGCUCAGAAGGCGGUUGUCACGCGGGCUUCGCAGUACUUCAGCAACACGCGGGCUUCCAUGGGCGAUGACAUGAACGUAAACGUCACCCCUGCCCGAGUCGUGCUUACCGACGAGCUCGUGCUGAAGCCAGGUGCUUCUCUGCCCCCGAAGUAG